AUGAGUCGCCAGAUGUCGCGUGUACACUUCACAGUUGAUGAAAUUCGUGCGCUUAUGGACAAAAAGAAGAACAUUCGUAAUAUGUCUGUUAUUGCCCAUGUCGAUCAUGGAAAGUCAACUUUAACAGAUUCUCUCGUAUGUAAAGCUGGUAUUAUUGCUAAUCAAAAAGCCGGUGAAAUGCGCUUUACAGAUACGCGUAAAGAUGAACAAGAACGUUGUAUUACAAUUAAAUCAACUGCUAUUUCACUUUAUUAUGAAUUACCAGCUAAAGAUUUACCGUUCAUUAAACAAGAACGUGAACCUGAUCAACCACAUUUCUUAAUUAAUUUGAUUGAUUCACCUGGCCAUGUUGAUUUUUCAUCAGAAGUUACAGCCGCUUUACGUGUUACAGAUGGUGCAUUAGUCGUUGUUGAUUGUGUUUCUGGUGUUUGCGUACAAACAGAAACUGUAUUAAGACAAGCUAUUGCUGAACGAAUUAAACCAAUUUUAUUUAUGAAUAAAAUGGAUCGUGCGUUAUUAGAACUACAGUUACAACAAGAAGAUUUAUAUCAAACAUUUCAACGUAUCAUUGAAAACGUUAACGUCAUUAUUGCCACGUAUGGUGAAGAUGGUGGUCCAAUGGGUGAAAUUCAGGUUGAUCCAACAAAAGGUACAGUAGGUUUUGGUGCUGGUUUACAUGGUUGGGCAUUUACACUAAAAGAAUUUGCUGAAAUGUAUUCGGCUAAAUUUAAAAUCGAACCAGAUAAAUUAAUGAAACGUUUAUGGGGUGACAAUUUUUUCAGUCCAUCGGAGAAAAAAUGGGCAAAAUCAGGAGGUGAAGGUUAUGUACGUGGUUUCAAUCAAUUCAUAUUAGAUCCAAUAUUUAAAGUGUUUCGUGCUAUAAUGGAUUGUAAAAAAGAUGAAUAUGUAUCAUUAUUAGAAAAAUUAAGUAUUAAAAUAUCUGGUGAUGAUAAAGAAAAAUUGGAGGAAGGUGGUAAACCAUUAUUGAAAUUAGUUAUGAAACAAUGGUUACCAGCUGGUGAUAUUCUAUUAACAAUGAUUGCUAUACAUUUGCCAUCACCGUAUGUUGCACAACGUUAUCGUGCUGAAUUAUUAUAUGAAGGUCCACAAGAUGAUGAAGCAUUUCUUGGAAUAAAAGCAUGUGAUCCAAAUGCACCAUUAAUGAUGUACAUUUCUAAAAUGGUACCGACAUCCGACAAAGGUAGAUUUUAUGCAUUUGGUCGUGUCUUUUCUGGUUGUGUACAAACUGGACAAAAAGCAAGAAUUAUGGGACCCAAUUAUGUUCCAGGCAAGAAAGAAGAUCUCUAUGUUAAAAAUAUCCAACGUACAAUUCUUAUGAUGGGACGUUAUGUGGAACCAAUUGAAGAUGUUCCUUGUGGAAAUAUUUGCGGUUUAGUUGGUGUUGAUCAAUAUUUGGUUAAAACCGGUACAAUUACAACAUUUGAAAAUGCUCAUAAUUUACGUGUUAUGAAGUUUAGUGUGAGUCCCGUUGUACGUGUUGCUGUUGAACCAAGAAAUCCAGCUGAUUUACCAAAACUUGUCGAAGGGCUCAAACGUUUGGCCAAAUCAGAUCCUAUGGUUCAAUGUAUAAUCGAAGAAUCGGGUGAACACAUCGUAGCCGGCGCUGGUGAAUUACAUUUAGAAAUUUGUUUGAAAGAUUUGGAAGAAGAUCAUGCUUGUAUACCAAUUAAAGUUUCUGACCCAGUUGUAUCAUAUCGUGAAACGGUAUCAGACGAGUCAGACAUCAUGUGUUUAUCAAAAUCACCAAAUAAACACAAUCGACUUUAUAUGAAAGCUAGACCAAUGCCCGAUGGAUUAGCAGAAGAUAUUGACAAGGGUGAGGUAACACCCCGACAAGAAUUUAAAUCACGUGCAAGAUAUCUGAAUGAAAAAUAUGAAUAUGAUGUUAAUGAAGCACGUAAAAUCUGGUGUUUUGGUCCUGAAGGAACUGGUCCAAAUAUUCUUGUUGAUUGUACCAAAGGAGUUCAAUAUUUAAAUGAAAUCAAAGAUAGUUGUGUGGCUGGUUUUCAAUGGGCAACAAAAGAAGGAGUUCUAGCCGAAGAAAAUCUACGUGGUGUUCGAUUUGAUAUUCAUGAUGUCACAUUACAUGCUGAUGCUAUCCAUCGUGGUGGUGGACAAAUUAUUCCAACAGCAAGACGAGUUUUAUAUGCGUGCAUGUUAACAGCCAAACCAAGAUUACAUGAACCAGUUUAUCUAUGCGAAGUGCAGUGUCCAGAAGCAGCUGUUGGCGGUAUCUAUGGAGUGUUGAAUCGUCGUCGUGGACAUGUAUUUGAAGAACAUCAUGUUCUCGGCACACCCAUGUUCAUUGUCAAAGCUUAUUUACCUGUCAACGAAUCAUUUGGAUUCACUGCUGAUCUUCGUUCAAAUACCGGUGGACAAGCGUUUCCUCAAUGUGUGUUUGAUCAUUGGCAGAUGAUGACACAAGAUCCAUUUGAAUCUGGAUCAAAACUAAAAAUCAUUAUUGAUGAGAUCAGAAAACGAAAAGGUCUCAAAGAAGGUAUUCCAUCCGUGGAUGAUUAUCUUGAUAAAUUAUAA